CGUCUAUUUAGAUUCUAGCCUGUGGGGGAGAUUAAUCUCCCCAAAUCUCCAUGACAUGUCUCUGCCCUAAAUGUUAACGUUUUCGGGUCUCUUUACCCCUCUACUCUUUUGUUGGACAGGUGCCCAAGGUGAUCUUAUUGGAAAUUGUCCAUGAGUCCAGCAAGCUUUUCGGCAGUCAGUUAACUAAGACUACGAAGGACAAACAUGUGGCCGAUGCAUUGUCCGACCUAUUGAUGGUGCUACAUAAAAUCUCCACAGACUGGACCCAAUGUGUGAUGUCAUCCACUUUCAAAGUGCCGAAACUUAAAAAGAAAACCCGGCAAAUAAAGAAAUAUUUUGGCCGGAUGGAGGCAUUCCUGAAGAAAAAGGAUUACAGUCACUGUGCUUUGGCUACGGUUACAAAUGAAAUGGAAAGCGCCAUGAUGUUUGUUAACAGACACACAGACAUUCUCUGGAAGAGAGAGAAACAGUGAGGACAUCCCAAGGGUUCUCAGAUUCUCUACUAUGGUCUUGAGUCUAUCCUAUCUGAAUUACAAGAUGGAAAUAUGUUUACCGAUCAAAUUGUGCUGGAAAUUUGUCUUCCAGAAGAAAAAGGCCUUACUGACACUAACCCUCACAUGACCAAUGACCGACAUGAACUUGUUUUCUCAAUGUUUCUAAUAUAUAUAUAUUUUUUAAUGUAUUGAUAACUUUUUAUUUAUGUAUUUAAAUAUUUAUGGAGACAAACCAUUUUGUUCUGAAGAAC